AUGACCGAGUGCGCGGUCUCGUGCCGCUUCCACGUGAGCUACUGCAGCCACGAUACCAUCUUCCAGCCCAAGUACACGCGGUACCAAAAGGCUGGCAAAGUCAAGGUGCUCCGGUGCUUUCCCCACUGCUGUCCGCGGCACGUCUACUACCGGUACUGCGGGACGCCAAUCACGGUUCAUACCGAGAUGCCGCAUCCGCCCAAGCCAGCGGCUGCGUACGUCUCACUGCUGCAUUUGGCACCGUCGCUCGAGCCCGAGUGGGCUGUCAAUGACGUCAUCGAGCCCGUCGACGUCGAUCGUCUCACGCGUGACGCGGGGGCGUCAUGGUAUGUCGGGCGUCAAAAACUCGAGCAACAAAACGUUUUAACGAGUGUCUUCAACCAAGACCUCGCCGCGGGCUGGACGUAUGGCUGGGCGAGUGGUCGCAGUCAAGCCGUGCGCGACUGCCAACACCACGUCAAGGUGUACAUCUUUGAAGUCUCAUCGAGCGCGUGGCGGGUCGUGGCCAAGGUGCUCUCGCCAGGGUUCAAGAUCGAAACGUAUCGGAACACGACCAAGGCGACAACAGAGACGUUGUCGCUGUCAGCACCGAUGGUGUCGACGUCCCACUUGCUUUCGCACUCGUCCAAAAACGUCAUCGCCCCCGAGUCGCCUCGCCAUGUCUCGUCCCGGACCCAAAUCAUGGCCAACCACUUGGGCAUCCUCCUGCUCUUUUUGCAGUUGACGCCAAUCGAAUGCACCACGUCGGAGUGGUCGAGUCGACUCUUUCAGCACAUUUCAGGCCGUCCACCGACACGUGACGACAUGUCUGCACUGUUGAACACGACGUCGCCCGUGAGUGACCAGCUGCCUUCGUCGCCGGCGCUGCAGCCCCUUCGAGCGCUUGCCUCGUCGUGGCUCGUCCACCUCUUCCACCCGCACAACAUGGGGCAGUACGAAGCCGUCGUCAUGGCCCAUCGCGACUGCGUUUGUGACAAAGCCGAGCUCACGGCUGCCUACAACGACUGUGUUCACCUGCUCUACCGGAUUUCCGAAUCGUUUUUCAAGACGGACGCGGCCACGUGCACGGGCGACUUGGCCAAGACGAUCGCCCAUCACAGUCCGUUCUUAGAAGACGUGCUCGAAGGCCACUUGAAGCGCGAAGGAUACUUCAAGUUCCACGCUCUCGUCGCCCAUUUCCGCGAAGUGGCGCUCAGCGCGACGCGCGAGCCCGUGCGAACGCCAACAGAUAGUGCGAUAUCCGGCGACUGGGUCGUGUGCGUGGCCAAAAGUCAUUUGGCGCCACAACUGGCUGUGUCCGUGACCGCCGCCGCGCAUUAUGCAACACUGCUCUCCGCUUGCCACGUCAUCCACUGCGAACACGAGCUGCUCGUGCAGUCCAAGUGGAAGCUGUGCCCGUCGUCGCCGAGCCACUUUAUCUUGGACAAUCACCCGCGCGUGCUUCGGACGCUUCCGAAUGGCGAGUCGAGCAUGGCCAGUGACGGACACACUCUGGAUGGCGACUAUGUGGGGACCACGUCCGGCGGCGUCGUUCACUUGACGUGCUAUCGGUACAACCUGGCAGCCAACGAAGGCCUCCGCGUCACCUUUUGUCUGCGGGUGUCCGAGAAGCGCGAGCUUGUGGUGCGCCUGCAGUCGCAGCGCGUGGUUCUCUCCGCGAUCGAUGGCAGUGCAUUGUACAUGACGGCCCGCGACCGCACGGCGCUUUGGCACUCUGCGCAAAUCGAAGACGUCAUGCACGGCGAGCUCAUUUACCACGAUGCAAGGGCGGCCCCAGGUGUCGUCGAGCUGUAGCCGCGAGGAUAAAGUGGUCAGCUUGUUCAAAGCAGGCACGUAGCUACGAGCACGAGCUCCACCGUGGCGCUCGAUCAUCCCUCGUCCACGCGUGUUGCUA